AUGUCCACUCGCCGCGCCGCCAGAGUAGACGACGGCGCCACCGUCAAACUCAUCAGGUCCGUAACUCCUCCCCUCUCUUCUUCUCGCAAGCACCCUUCUCCUUCUAACCCUCUCCAUUCCGACAAAGAGAACGUUAACAACCGCCGCAGAUCCACUUCUCGUGAAUCCGCUUCCAACCCGACCCAAAAACCCGUUAUCCGACCCGUCCCUCGCAUAUCCACCUCGUCCGUCUCUAGAGGUCGGACCCCUAGCCCCACCGAAUUCCACAAGAUCCAUCGGGUCUCCGUGGAUCGGGUCGCCAUGGAUCCGACCCACGGAAAAGGAAAAACGGAUCUGAACAAAUCGAAGGUUCAAACUCGCUCAAGGUCAAGCUUUGAUGGCAAUGGAAGUUCCAAAAGCGAGUUCAAGUAUCAGAGUGAUGGCAACAAGAAGAACGAGAGCGUGAAGAGCAACAAGUACCAGAGCAAGCUUCACGAGAAGCUUGCGUUUCUUGAAGGGAAAGUGAAGAGAAUAGCGUCAGAUAUAAAGAAGACGAAGGAGAUGUUGGAUAUGAAUAACCCUGAUGCAUCAAAGGUGAUCCUUUCUGAUAUUCAGGACAAGAUCUCGGGUAUUGAGAAAGCCAUGGUUCAUGUUGUUACAACAACAACUCAUGAUGAUGAUGAUGGUGUUGUUGAUGAGAAGAAGAAUAAGCAAUUGGGUAUGGUUGAUAAGAGCGUUUCUAAUGAUGGGUUUCAAGGUGGUGAAGGGAAGAGUUUUGUGAAAGGGUUAAACAGUGAGGAAUUGGAGGCUCGGUUGUUUCCUCAUCACAAGCUGAUUCGUGAUAGGACACUGAUUAAGGGUAAGGAUGAUGAUAAUUGCUCUGUGGUGAAGCCAAUGGUGGAAGAUAAGGUUUUGAGUCCUGUUGAUCACAACUCAAUAGCGAUGGAGUUCUUGGAUUCUCUUGGGAAUGAGAAGAGUAAGGUUUCUGUUUCUACAAGAGAGUGUGAGGUUCAAGAAACGGGUGGUGGUGAUGGAAAUGGAAGGAACAAGGUUUGGGAGAAUAAUGAAAAGUGUGACAUUGAUUUGCUCCUCCAGGCGAAUGAGAUUCUUGAAGAGUUAGAUGAACAAGAGAACAAAAUGGAGGGUCAGGGUCAGGGUCAGGGAGAGUUUGUUGGAGAUGAGAUGGAUGAAGCUUUCAAUUUCAAGCUGAAUGAGAUAGGAAACAAAAUUGCAGCUGCUGGAUGGUUCCUGUCUGAAGGGGAGGCUGUUCUCCUUGCUCAUGAUGAUGCUUCUUGUUCCUAUUAUGAUAUUACCAAUUGCGAGGAAAAAGCUGUAUAUUUGCCCCCACCAGAAGUUUCACCUAAUAUGUGGAGAGAUUGCUGGGUAAUUCGUGCCCAUGGUUAUGAUGGUUGCUCUGGAAGGUUUGUAGUAGCUGCAUCUGCUGGCAAUACUAUGGAUUCAGGCUUUUGCUCGUGGGAUUUUUACACCAAGGAAGUGCGAGCUUUCCAAAUGGAGAGGGGAACAACCUCCUCGAGAUCAGCUCUUCGACCCUUGCCUAAUAACAUUGUGCAAAGAAGGAGCUCUGAAUCUAGCAUUUUUGCGCCAGAAGCUAGGCAAUGUUGGUAUAAACCGUGCGGAAAUCUCAUAAUCUCUACUGCCAGCUCACAGAGAGCUGUAAAAGUUUUUGACGUUCGUGAUGGAGAGCAAAUCAUGACAUGGGAUGUUCAAAAUCCUGUUAUAGCAAUGGAAUAUUCCAGCCCUUUGCAAUGGAGAAACAGAGGAAAGAUAGUAGUGGCUGAAGCUGAAACCAUUUCUUUGUGGGAUGUGAAUUCACCUAGUCCUCAAGCUCUGCUCUCUGUUCCUUUGGGUGGUCGAAAAGUUUCUGCUCUCCAUGUGAGCAACACUGAUGCAGAGCUGGGUGGAGGGGUUCGGAGAAGAGUAAGUUCAUCAGAGGCUGAAGGAAACGAUGGUGUGUUCUGCACUUCGGAUUCUAUUAAUGUCUUAGACUUUCGCCAGCCAUCUGGUGUGGGUCUUAGGAUAUCAAAACAUGGCGACAAUGUGCAAUCAGUUUUCUGUCGGGGAGAUUCUGUCUUCCUUGGUUGUAGCAGCUCAAGUUCAAUGGGCAAGAAGCAGUCCUCAUCAGUGAUCCAACAAUUUUCAUUGCGCAGAGGAGGACUGUUUAGCACCUACGCUCUUCCAGAAUCCAAUACUAACUCACAUGCAGCAAUCUCCCAAGUUUGGGGUAAUUCUGAAUUUGUAAUGGGUGUUUGCGGUCUAGGACUAUGUGUGUUUGAUGCACUGAAAAAUGAUGCAUUACGGGAGCUCAAGAUGGAUUAUUCCAAUGCUCAAAGCCUUAGAGAAGUUGUUGGCCCAGAUAACUUGUAUUGUCCUUCCUUUGAUUAUCUGGGAUCUCGUGCUCUUCUCAUAUCUAGAGAUCGACCAGCUAUGUGGAGGCAUCUAAUAGUUUGA